CAGAAACACUCGUCAUGACUUGGGUCGCGCAUGAUCGUGGCCCACAUGGAUGCUGGGUACAUGGCCAGCUGGAAGCGUGGAUGCAUUGUGUUCCCGUGGUCCAACUACUGUUUCUCCGCCAGCUGGGGCAAGAUCUUGCUGAGCAGCUGGACAACGAUUGGAAAAGAUGGCAGGCCAACGUGCCUCCGUGUUCAAAAUGUUCAAAGCCACCAAUGAAAAGAGCGUGGGGCCCAGGAAUCAGAUUGCAGCAACAAAUCCUACGGCCUGAGCUCUGGAAAUGCUGUCUGCAGGAAACGCAGGAUGUAGAAGAGUUGAAGAUAGAGCUUGACGAGGAGCCAAUCGGCUUGGGAACGGCAUCUGCCGAGUUGAGGCAAGAAAUUUCGAACUAUUUGAGUGUUGCAGAGCUGUGCGCGGAGCGGGCAACAUGUCGUGGAAAGUCUUCGACGGAGGCCUUUGUUGGUCACUUGGUGCAGCUUCAGCUCCAGGGGCCCGCUGUGUUUUCAGCUGCGGCAGAGAGCUACAUCAACAAGAACGCCGUGGAAUUAGCGCAGUGCGAACAGCUGUAUGCCCGAGAUGACUUCCGGGUUUACGCAGGACUUCAAGGC